AUGGCAUCCAACCUCGAUUCCUGGAACGGCUUCGUUGAUGAACCCCAUAUCCCGACAGCUCAACCUAUCCUCACUAAAGCCUUCAUCGAGGCCGACUACACAUGUAUGAUGAGCCAAGACAUCAUCUCCUAUUUGGAGCCUAUCUGGGAAUAUAGUUCCAUACCCACCUUCGUACCCGCCAUACCCAUGGAGGUAGCUGCUGGCCACCGUUACUGGCUGCCAAACGGUCUUCUAGCUGAAGAGUGGAUGAUGCUCUUCAUAUUCGUCCCUCGGCUGUAUGACCUCGCCCCACCCGAAGUAAGGACGGCGUUUGAGAAACAGGUCUACAACGUUGCCGGACAUUGGCCUAGCUUUGCAGAGAUCAUGGAAAGAGGAAACCACGCUUCUAUGCCUCUUGAUAUGUUUUCGGCUACGCAGAUGGCAGGAAAUUCUUUCCAAUAUGGCUAUUCCCAGCCUGGAGGGGCACGCUUUGCGGGUCCAGAGACAGCCAGUCUGAUCACAGACCCGCUCCCGAUUCCAUCCUCAGGGUUUGGACCUCUUUCGUUUGCUCAGUCGUUUACAGCUCCUGCAAAUUUGGGUGUCCAGCAAUCCUCAUCCCUGACCAUCACACCCCAGCCGUUACAGCUCAUUCAGCCCUUCCAGCCCAGCCAGCCCAGCCAGCAGAUACCUCAAGGAAAUCUACAGUUGCCAGUGGCCUCAACUACAGGCCCUCAACCAGGUACAUCGACUGCGCCUAGCGUAUCGAGUUUUCCUUUGCAGUCUGUUCCCGAUGGUACAGCUGCAUCUGAGCAGAAUCCAGCGGCUCCGCCAAUAUUCACCCAACUACUCCAGGCAAGGGGUAUCACUGCCCCUGGGUUCCGACCGGGAAGUAGAACUCCAACCGACAACGGGAACAAAGCCUGGAGUGCUGAGCGUAUUCGGGCCUUUGUCGAGAUCCAGAAUAAAAGCAUCCAGGAGCUGCCAAGUAGUGCAUUCUCUGAACUCGGGACUGAGAUGUCUAACUUCCGCACGCCUGAAUCAAUCGACGUGACCUGCUGUCCUUUCGAAACAUCGCUCGAGGAGAACUUUACAAACUAUGCACACGAUCUCCAAACACCAGGGAUCUUUGGUCGAUCGAAAAUCGGGCAUCACUUCGCAAAGGCCAAGAAUUGGGGUGAAAGCCAUCCUGGCCAUGUUCCCACUGCCUCUUUGCGCCAUACUAGCACAGACAGCGGGGCGCGUGGCUCUAGCAAGGACCUACAUGACUACUUCCUCUAUAGUAUGGGUGAUGGAGUGGUCCGACCACCUCGCGGACGUAAGGCGCAGAUGUUAACGCUAGUCAUCGAACACGUUCGAGGCAUCACAAACGAUCGAAACGUUCGGCUGAGCCAGGCUGCUACGUAUGCGCAGAGAUAUAAUAUCACCGUGCCGGCACAUCAUCAGAUGAACUUCCAAAACCUGGCAUUCGAGGACCAGCUGCCGUCAGAAGCGUUCCUUAACAUAAUUAGGAACGAUUACCGCACCAAGUUCAAUGGUCAAGACCCAUAA